AUGUCCUCACUCAACUCUGAACCCAAACAUAUCCCUCAGCCCGACUGCUCACACGCAUUGUUCCAUGCGGGCCAGUGGCUUGACCACAAGACUGAUACGGUUCAGACCCGUGUGUCAGUGACAAUCUGCAAGCCUUCUGUGUCAGAAGAGGAGGUUUCCAAGGCCGACGCCACCCUUUGGGACUUCAUCCAGGCCAGCCAUGACGAGGAGGUGGAACACAUCGGUGAGGCUGGACUUGCGGCCAUGGAGGAACACGACGACCAGAUGACUGCGUUCAGGAAGCGCAUCUUCGAGUCCGCAGUCCGGAACGCGUACGGUCACUUGAAUCUCGAUUGGAACUUCGAUGACAUUGCCGAUUACCCCCACGCAUUUGCGUGGCAUGAGCAUACAUGCGACCUGGAAGCCAAGCACAAGUCCACACAGACAUCGACCAGCCGCGAGACCCCCGUCACUGAUCCCUCUGCGCUCCGAGUCACCGCAUAUCGCGGCCCCAUUCCGACUCAUGGGCAAACCUUCACCUCCGCGACUUCCAGCCAGGGCACCAAGAAAUCGCGCUUCAGCUUCGCUGGGCUUCUCGGCGGGAAGAAGAAGCCCAAAGACUGA